AUGGGGAGUGGAAUGAGCAAGGUUGUCACAGGCCUCUACCUCGGGAAUAUCCGUGACUCUGAGGACCACGAAAACCUGCUGAGGAAUGGAGUGACUCACAUCCUCUCCGUCCACGACAGAGCCAAGCCCGUGCUGGAGGACAUGACCUACCUGUGUAUCUCAGCCUCAGAUUCAUCCAGUCAAAACCUGCUGCAGCAUUUUAAGGAGAGCAUCAAGUUCAUCCAUGAAUGCCGACUCAGAGGGGGAGGCUGCCUUGUCCACUGCCUGGCCGGGGUGUCCCGCAGCAGCACCCUGCUGGUGGCUUACCUGAUGACAGUGACUGAGCUGGGCUGGCAGGAUUGCCUGGCUGCCACCAGGGCCGUGCGCUCCUUCGCCAACCCCAACUGUGGCUUCCAGCAGCAGCUGCAGGACUAUGAGAGGACCUUCCUGCAGGAG